AUGGAACCUUUCUCUUCCAACCCUCUUCCUAACAACAACAAAACCAUUGAUUUCCCUCCCGGCGUUAGGUUUUGUCCUUUUGAUCAUGAACUCAUAUAUCUUCAUAAGCUGAAGAUUAUGGACUGUAUAUUACCUUACAAUCAAAUUCAAGAAGUUAACCUCUACAAAUAUAGUCCGGCUGAGCUUUCAGAUAUGUACCCUAGAACGGAGGGAGAAAAGGAGGAAUUGUAUGUCUUCACUCCCAGGGAUAGGAAGUAUAGGAAUGGCACAAGGCCAAAUAGGGCUGCUGGGAAUGGGUACUGGAAGGCCGCUGGUGCUGACAAGCCUAUCACACAUGGAGAUCAUGGUGUUAUAGGGUACAAAAAGACAUUAGUUUACUAUGAAGGGAGGCCUCCAAAGGGUGAGAAGACCAACUGGAUUAUGCAUGAGUUCACAGUGAAAGAAGCUAAAACUCCAAAACCCAGGAGAGAUAAUGCUGAUCCCAUGAGGUUGGAUGAUUGGGUUCUAUGUAGAAUUUACAAAAAAACAGACAAGGUAGCAGGGAGUACACAAAAAGAAGAUGAUGAUGAGAGUAAUGUUGAAGCAAAUGAGGCAUCUCCCCCUCCCCCUCCCCCUCAACAAGAUGAAGAAGGUGAGGAGGUCCAAGAGGUCCAAGAGGUGCGAUUCUCAGUCCCGCUCAAUGAAAUGACUUUCUAUGAUACCUUUGAGUUUGGGAAUGACCCUGUCUAUAAUGAUGCUCAAUUCAUUAACUCUGAUUCUUUUAUUCCGGAGAUCAUCUACAACCAGCCUUUGGAUUUUCAUAUUGACCAUAUUUUUGAUCAGUCAUUCUCUUGA